UGCUGCUUUUGUGUUACUGAAAUCUAAUUAUACGUUGUACAUUUUCUUUUCUAGUAUCAUUGUUAUCUUAUACUGUUCGACGUUUGCAGAGUACUUACUUCUAGUUAACUACCAUACCAUUGCAAAUAUGAGUGACGAUAUCUCUAUGUAUACUUUACCCAAUAACCAGCCCAUGGUCAGAUUGGAGUGCGAAGCAGCAUUCAAUGCUCUGUCGAAUAAGGAAAAGUUAUAUGCCCACUAUCUAAGUCAAGCUGCAUGGAAUGGUGGUCUCAUAGUUUGUUUACAAACAUCACCCGAAUCACCACUGAUAUUUGCCCUUCUGCACAAAGUAUUCCUUUCUGAAUCAAUAGCAGAUUUGAAGAAGACUGCUCUAGCAGCUGGCUUCACAGAAGAUGAAUUUGUUGCUUUCUUAGUAUACUCGUGUGGAGUUUUUUCCUACUCUGGGAAUUACAAAGAUUUUGGAGACAGUAAAAUUAUUCCAAAUUUGCCCAAAGAAAAGUUUGAACAGUUAAUCAAAGGGUCGAAAGCUUACAAGGAUGAUGAAGCUAGCUUGAAAUUUCUUUGGGACAAAAUUAAGGAUGCGCUAUAUAAUCUAGAAGGUAAAGUUAAAUCCUUGGGCUUGGGUAGUAAAGGAAUAACUACCUACUUCUCUGCAAAUUGUACAGAAGAAGAUGCAAAGCUUGUAAAUGAGUUUAUGCAAAAACACCAUUUAGAAUCUUACAAUGCCAGGUGCUUCAAAACAAACGUUGAAGGUGACAACUACAAAUGUAAAUAUGAAAUAAGAUUAGCCUCUACCGAAACAAGUGACAAUCCUAAAAUCACCCUACCGGAAGAAAUCUUUCAAGGUGCUCAAUUUAAAAUUACUAGAGGAGAUUAUGAUUUGCUCUUGCUGUCUGUGGUGGAGAAUUUAAAAAAGGCAAAAGAGCAUGCUGCCAAUGAGACAGAAGUUAAAAUGAUCGAGAAAUACGUUGAACACUUUGUCACGGGGUCUUUAGAUGAGCACAAAAAUGGAUCUAGAUAUUGGAUUAAAGACAAGGGACCUGCAGUUGAAACCUAUAUUGGUUUUAUCGAAACUUACAGAGAUCCAGCAGGUCAAAGAGGAGAGUUUGAGGGAUUUGUUUCCAUGGUAAAUCGUGAAAUGUCCCAGAAAUUUUCAACUCUUGUUGAUAAUGCCGAAAAAUUGUUGACAAUCCUUCCCUGGGGCAAAGAUUUUGAAAAAGACAAAUUCUUGAGGCCUGACUUUACAUCUCUAGAUGUCUUAACGUUUGCGGGAUCUGGAAUUCCGGCUGGUAUCAAUAUACCUAAUUACGACGAGAUUAGGCAGUCUGAAGGAUUCAAGAACGUAUCACUUGGCAAUGUGAUUUCAGCAAGACCAUUGCAAGAUGAGGUACCUUUUCUGUCAAAGGAAGAUGACACUCUGUUCAAUCAGCUUAGAGUUCCAAGCUUUGAGGUGCAAGUAGGUCUUCAUGAGCUGCUUGGUCAUGGUAGUGGUAAAUUAUUUAGAAAGAAUUCUGAUGGAACAUUCAAUUUUGAUAUCGAGAAAGUUAGGAGCCCUAUUGACAAUCAGCCAAUCACCAAAUACUACAAGGAUGGAGAAACCUAUGAUUCAGUGUUUGGAGCAUUGGGAUCUUCAUAUGAAGAGUGUAGAGCUGAAUCUGUCGGCCUUUACUUAUCCUUAGAAAAAGAUGUAACUAAAAUCUUUGGUUACGAAGGUCCAGAGGCGGAAAAAGUUAUUUACGUCAAUUGGCUGACAAUGUUUUGGAUGGGAUGUGCUAAGGCUUUAGAAAUGUAUGAACCCUCCACCAAAAAGUGGUUGCAAUCCCACUCGCAAGCUCGUUAUGUUAUACUGAGAGUUUGUUUAGAAGCUGGAGAAGAUUUUGUUAAUAUUGUUGAGACUGAACCUGGCAAAAAUUUGAGAUUGACAGUGGACAAAAGUAAAAUUAACACUGUUGGUAAAAAGGCUAUUGGAGACUUUUUGAAGAAGUUGCAAUUCUACAAGAGUACUGCAGAUUUCCAGGCUGCUAAAGAAAUGUAUGACAAGUACAGUGAAGUGCCUGAAGAUGGUCCUCAUCCAUGGGCCAAAUGGAGGGAUAUUAUUCUAGCUCACAAAAAACCAAGAAGAAUAUUUGUGCAGACAAACACCACUGUUGAUCAAUCUGGAUCUGUUGUACUAAAGAGUUACGAAGAGACAUUUGAGGGACUCAUUCAGUCGGUGGUUGAUAGAUUCCCGUCGCCAAACUCAUCUGAAAAUCUUGUCAAACUGUGGGAAAAGGAUCAAAAAUUCUUCUACCCCGAGGAGCUUACGAACUGAGUUUUAACUCAAAACAAUCGAUAAAAGCAUUACAGCAUUUAAAAGUAUUUUAUACAAAACUCGCGUUGAUGACCGAAAAAGUUUGAUAAUUCAGUUUUUAUACAGUGUAUUUAAAUUUUGUAAUUACACAUUAUUAUUUUACAUACAUAACAUCAUCAUUAAUGUUGAAUAAAACCG